CGUUGCAAGGCCACUAUCAUGCGUGGUGGGCCAUCGUCCAGCUACCCAAGUCCACGGUGGAGAAGAUGCUUCCAGCAGGUCGUCCAAUGGUCCUUGAAGAGAUAUCUUUACCAGGUCUUCUAGCUGACCAUCACCCAGUCGUACUGGAGAUUGGUACUGAGCAUGACGUAGGGCCAGUCGGCUUCCCAAAAUGGCUCCUCAUAAAGUUCCCGGAGUUCAAGCUGGACAUUCCAUUUGUCUCAACAGCGCCCUCAAGCGGUGGUGACACCCACACUAGCCUGAACUACAAGUCCAUCGUGUACACCGAUUCAAAGUUUCUGAGUUUCUCGUCGCGGUUUCAGUACAACCUUAAUGCUAAGAAGGCCACCAUUAAAAUGACUGAUACCACUUACGAUUUAACAUUUGAAGGGAAUAAGUUUACUGCUUCAUUUGACCCGUCAGGUGAAUUUACUUCCCCAGAAAACUUCUCAAACUUUGCUGUUUAUCAAAACAUCAUGUCCCAAACAUGGUUCGGGUCUUACAACAGCAACAAAAAAACAUGUGCCAGCCACUACUACCAGUUCGACAGUAUUCAAGUCCGACCAGCAAGUAUGACCAUGCAAGCACAGACUGGAGUACUGGAUGUACAUUUCCCGGAUAUUCAAAUCAAUACCCCAUCUGUGACUGAAGCACUUGGUACUGUGGAAGUAUGGGCUUGCUUUACCAUCAGUAACCCAUUCGACUGUCUUUAA